AUGAUCACCUUCUGUCCAGAGUGUGGUAAAAGUAUCAAAUCAACAUUCAAGUUCUGCCCCUACUGCGGAAAAUGUCUGCCCACAGAGGAGCCUGGGACAUCUCCCACCUUUGCCAAACCACUGGUAUCAUCCUUCCGAGGCUCCAGGAAAGAGCUGAACUCCAGUCCUGAAACUUCUUGCAAGAAAGUGAAAUGGUGCAGCUCUGUCAGAUCUCCCCCAUCAUCUCUUUUCUCAGAUAGUGACAGUUCUGAGUCUGAGGAUUUCUUGAGUCCAUCUGCAAGGCCCAGAGGUACAAGGUCUUGCAGCAAAUCCCCAACCACCAAAGGCAGCCCACAGGCGAACCGACAAAGCCCCCAGGCCUUGAAGCGGAGUCGAGUGACCACCUCACUUGAAGCCCUCCCCACGGGGACAGUGCUAACAGACCAGAGUGGGCAGCACUGGACGCUGGGAUCCCUCCAGACCAGGGAUGACCAAGGCAUUCUCUAUGAAGCUGAGCCCGUCUCUGCUUCCCAGAAGCAAAGGUUCUCACUCAAACUGGAUGCCAAGGACGGACGUUUGUUCAAUGAGCAGAACUUUUUCCAGCGAGCUGCCAAACCUCUGCAAGUGAACAAGUGGAAGAAGCUGUAUUGCACCCCCCUUCUGGCCAUCCCCACCUGCUUCGGUUUUGGCAUCCAUGAGGACAAGUACAGGUUCUUGGUGUUCCCCAUGCUGGGGAGGAGCCUCCAGUCAGUCCUGGAUGACCACCCAAAGCACAUCAUAUCGGAGAGGUCGGUGUUCCAGGUGGCCUGCCGGCUGCUGGACGCCCUGGAGUAUCUCCACGAAAAUCAAUACGUUCAUGGAAACGUGACAGCCGAGAAUAUCUUUGUGAAUCCAGAGGACCUGGCCCAAGUGAUCCUGGUAGGCUACGGCUUUACCUUCCGCUACUGUCCAGAUGGCCGGCACGUGACCUACGCCGAAGGCAGCAGAAGCCCACACGAGGGGCACCUCGAGUUCAUUAGCAUGGACCUGCACAAGGGAUGUGGGCCUUCCCGCCGCAGUGACCUCCAGACCCUGGGCUACUGCUUGCUCAAGUGGCUCUGCGGGUGCCUGCCAUGGACAAACUGCCUCCCCAACACUGACAGCAUCAUGAAGCUGAAGGAGCAGUUCUUGAACAACCCAGAAUCCCUGGUGGAAAAGUGCUGCGGGUGGAACAAGUCCUCAGAGACCCUGAAGGAGUACCUGAAGGCAGUGAUGACCCUCAAGUACGACGAGAAGCCACCCUAUGCCAUGCUGAGGAACAAUCUGGAAGCUCUGUUACAAGACCUGAGGGUGUCAGCCUACGACCCUGUGGACCUGCACAUGGUACCAUAG